AUGGACAGAGGUGCAGCAAGAAGUCGAAAACGAGCUGCAAAGCUCACCCAAGCUCCAAUCUCUACAAGUUCAGCCGUUCCUACCUCUCGAAACCCUUCCCUACCUUUCUCCCCCUCAUCCCGAAGUCCCCCUUCUUUGGCUACCCCAUCUACGUCGAAACAUGAUGCAAGUGCCCUCCAUCCAUCUUCAGAGAGAUAUAAUCAGAAGCGACAUCUGGAUAAAGAGCAGAGAGUGCGUCUGAAAGCCGAGAAACAGAGACAACAUGAAGAUAUAUCCAACCCAGAUAGAUUCAAACCUAAAGCCGUCAGGACAUCCACAGCUCUGAUUUACUCCUCAUCACCUUUUGAUAUCCCUCCUUCUCGAGAGAAACUGGAGAACAUAACUCGGCUGGAUCUGUCUGGGAGUGAGACGGAGGAUGUGACAUGGGUUGGACAAGCAAAGAAGAUUACUUGGUUAAACUUGGCGGGGUGUAAGAUCAAGAGGGGAUGGGAGAGUUUGGAAGAGUCGGAGAAUCUGACGGUGUUAAACAUUAGCAAUACUGGGUUGAAAGCUCUUCCCCCAGCCCUGAUGAAGUUGAACAAACUCAAAGCGUUGGUAUGUAUGAAUAAUCCUCUUGAGAACCUGGACGAAGGUGUUGUGAGCGAAUGGAAAGAGCUCAAUUCCCUUAUCAUCUCCCAUUCUCCUCUCUUAAAACUUCUUCCUUCUUCUUUAUCUUCCCUUUCCCAUCUAUCAAAACUGACGUUUUCUCAUUGUCCACUUCUUACCCCUUCCUCUAUACCUGAUCUCUCUUCACUACCUCUUCUUCGAGAUGUGAAAAUGCAUUCUCUCCCUCUCCUAACCUCUCUCCCUCUUCAUCUAUCAACAUGGGGUACUGGUGAUUUUACCCAAAUCGGAAAAGUAGGAAAAGGAGGAGGUUUAGAAGUUCUUGAUAUAGGAAAUUGUUCCCUCUCACUAUUCUCCGUACUCACCUUCUUCCCCUCCGACACCUCCGUCUCUGACUCGAAUGAGAAAAGUAAUUCAAGAUGGGGAAACUUACGUAGUUUAACACUUCGUGGGAACCCUUUAACAGAAGAAGAUCCAUCGUAUGUUGAUAAAUUGUCAAGUGCCAAUAUGCCGAAUCUACAAAUAAUCGAUAACAAACGGAUCAGAGAGAGGAAACGUAUUGGGGAGAUACAAGAAUCGAAAGAAGAUAGAAAGAUGAGAGAAAAACGGGAAAGGUGGAUGAAACCAAGUGGGGAGAAUUUACGUGGAGGAAAGAUGAGGAAAUGGGGUGUGGGUCUUAGAGAAGAUGAUCAGCAGAAGGAGAGAAUAUUGGAUGAAGAUGGUUCGAUCCGGGGAGAUAUGGGAUUCGAAGAUAAGAGAACAAAGUCAUCGAAGUCCGACAGAAGUACGAACAUAGGGGAAAGAGGUAGAAAAGAUGGACGAGGUAAGGAAGGAAAUGAGACAAAGUCGAUUGAAUCCCAGGUGAACGAGCGGAAGAAAAAACGUUUACUGGAAAAAGAACAUAAUGACCAAAAUCCAACAUCAACGAAACGUCUUAAAGUUGAUCCUUCCGAUAAAGUUCUCUCACUCUCUGAACAAACAUGGGUCGAUCAACCGAUAAAACCCUCACUUGUCAAAAAUAAGAAAUUUCAGUCAGAGACUAAUUCAACAAAACCCAAAUCCUCCCAAUCAGACCAAUCGAUUAAACCCUCCUCAAACCCCAAACAAAACCAUUCAGAGGAAUUACGACAAUCUUCAUUAUUGAAGAAUAAUCAAAUAGAUACAGAUAGUGUCGAUCCUUCUACUGUCAAACCUUCUCAACCUCAUGGAGACCGUUCAGCAAUUGUGGAAAUCAUUGAAAAUCAUCUUCCCUCUUCUCACGCUAAAGGCAAGAAUACCACGGGCGUAUCAAAGUCUGUUAAAGGAAAGAAACAUGGUGUGGAAGAUAAAGUUGAUUCGGUCAAUGGUGGGGAAUAG